AUGUUCCCGGCGGCGGCGGCCGGGGCGGUGCGGGACGGAGGCGCGGCGCGGGGAGCCCUGGGCGGCCCGGCGGUGCGCGGCGGUGGGCGCGCGGCCAGCUGCGGGCUCUGCGCCGCCCCGCGGCCUCUGAGCGCGGGCUCCUGGCUUUGUGUGGCGCGCCGCCUUCGCGGGGACGGUGUGGGGGCUCCGGGUCGGCGAAGGGUGCGGGCACGACGCCGCGGGGCCCGGGCCCGGACACGACACUCGGCGGGGAAGGGUCGGACAAAAAAAGACCAAAUGGCAAAGCAACCUUCUGAUGUAAGUUCUGAGUGUGACAGAGAAGGUGGACAAUUACAGCCCACGGAGAGGCCUCCUCAGCUCAGGCCUGGGGCGCCCCGCUCUGUACAGAUAGAGCCACAAGACAGGAGCCCAGCACCCAUGAGUUGUGACAAAUCAACACAAACCCCGAGUCCUCCUUGCCAGGCCUUCAACCAUUAUCUCAAUGCAAUGGCCUCCAUGCGGCAGUCUCAGGCCCUCCCUGCAGACAUGCGACCGGAGAUGUGGAUCGCACAGGAGCUGCGGCGGAUCGGGGACGAGUUCAACGCCUACUACCCACGGAGGGACUUCAUGAACGAUUACCAGGAAGCAGGAGGCCACCCCUACAUGGUGGUCUUACGACUGCUGCGUUACAUCCUCCGUCUGGUGUGGAGGAUGCAGUGA